AUGUCCGGAUACCAGCCUUAUAAUGAAUUCUCGUCAGUCUCAGGCGGCGGUGGCGGUGGCUUCGAGAACUCUCAGGGCAAUAGCAGACCAAACACGGGUUCCGGUGGUGGAUCGCAGUCGACAUUGAUGCCCGUGACGAUCAAACAGGUGCUGGAGUCGAAGCAAAUGGUCCAGGACGGACCUUUCGUAAUCCAGAAUCUGGAAUUGCACCAUGUGGUGUUCGUCGGCGUCGUCAGGAACGUGGUAGAUAAGACUUCGAACAUAACACUGACUGUGGAAGACGGCACUGGUCAAAUAGACGUUCGUCAGUGGACUGCAGACCCCACCGACAUCGCCAACGCAAACGAGCAAAACGGCAAACAGGAGGGCUCAUACAGCUCGCAGAUCUCACAGAUGUACCAAGUUGGCACGUACGUCAAGGUUUUUGGCGCGUUGCGCGAGUUUAGCGGUAAGAAAAACGUCCAGUACGCCGUCGUCAAGCCCAUCGAGAGUUUCAACGACGUCAUAGCACACCACCUGUCCGCCAUGAAAUGCCAUGCGAUUGCAAAUGGAACGUUGCAAAGCCCGGCAUACCCAAACACCGACUCUACAGGUAUCAACAACAAUAACAACCCGCAGCCGGGCCAAGACCAAAGUUUGUUCGUGCAGGACAACUCCGCCAACGAUCCCAAACCGGCUCUUCAUAAGAUUUUAGAGUUUUGUGCAGGUCAAUGUGAGGGCAAAGAUGCGAGUAAUUUCGCCGUCCACACGAAACUCAUCGAGCAAAGUUUGGGAAUUUCAGAAGCAGACGUUAAAAUGUACUGCCAAACGCUGGUCGAUCAAGGUUUUAUAUACCCUACUUUCGAUGAUAGCAGUUUUUUCGUUCUAUAA